AAAUUAAUUUUUUAAAAAAAAAACACAAUGGUUAGCUGUGCCGGACGUGGCGCUUGCCCCUCCGACUAUGUAGCUGUUUCCAUCGCCAUCUUCUCCAUGAUAUCACUUAUUGUGAAGUCGACUUUUCCGUUUUUGAUACACAAGGUUCCAAUUGCAAAAGGAAGUACCUUUUGGAUUCCAGUCAUUCAAGUCUUUGCCAGCUUCGACUUUCUGUUAUCAAUUGUGAUGUCACUUAACUUUCUUAAAUUCCAAAAGAGCUAUUGGUGGUUGUCAUGCUAUGUUUGGGCAGUAUGGCUUGAAGGUCCACUUGGAUUUGGUUUGUUGUUGAGCUGCCGAAUAGCACAAGCAUUUCAACUAUACUAUGUAUUUGUCAAGAGGCGAUUACCACCAAUUAGAUCUCAUAUGUUUCUUCCAUUGAUUCUUUUGCCAUGGGUUGCAGGCGCUGCAUUUAUUCACGAAAAGAAGCCUCUAAAUUACAGAUGUCACUUGGGAACACAUUGGAUAAUCCCUGUUGUAUCUGUACACACAUUAUAUGUUGCCGUUUUGAUGGGGUUCACUGGGGCCAUUUGGCACAUAGAGUUUAGGUUUGAUGAACUCAGAGACCUUUGGCAGGGAAUACUUGUCUCAACAUCACUAAUUGGAGUUUGGGUUUCUGCUUACAUCUUAAAUGAAAUUCAUGAUGAUAUUUUAUGGCUUCAAGUGGUCUCCAGAUUUAUGCUUUUACUUACGGCAAGCAUUCUUGUACUGGUUUUCUUCUCCAUAUCAAUUUCGCAACCUCUUCUCUCACAAAUCAGUUUGAGGAAAAGGGAACGUCUAGAACUCAAAACAAUGGGUCAAGCUCUGGGCAUACCAGAUAGUGGGAUGCUAUUACAAAGAGAAGAAGAAGUUGACGUUGAUCCUAAUGAACCAUUGGAUAAGCUUCUUCUGAACAAACGGUUUCGUCAGUCUUUUAUGGCAUUUGCAGACACUUGUUUAGCUGGGGAAAGUGUGCAUUUCUUUGAUGAGGUGCACGAGCUUGGCAAAAUUCCAAUAGAUGACCCAGUAAGAAGGAUCUACAUGGCAUGUCAUAUCAUUAACAAAUACAUAAUAGCAGGUGCAGCAAUGGAAGUUAACAUAUCUCAUCGAAUCCGGCAAGAAAUUUUGACCACCAGGACCUAACACAUCCGGAUUUCUUCACCAAUGCACUAAAUGAACUGACGCAGUUGAUGAAAAUGAGCUUGGCAAAGGAUUACUGGUCAUCCAUGUACUUCAUCAAAUUCAAAGAGGAAGACAGAAUGAGAUGUUGUGGGGAAGAGAUGAGUGG